AUCUCUUUCUUCUUCAGCCAAAAAAGGGGGAGAUGGUGACAAGGAAGAAGAGCGUUCGAUCGAUAUAAUGAGAUUGGACGAAGAAGAGCUCAGAGCUAUCAUCCUUGCGUCUUUCGCGUUAAAACACUUUAGGUUGGACAUAUUACUCGAGGAGGAAAGAGACGGGACAGAGAUUCUGUCCGAAGAAGAUGGCGAGCCUGAAGAAGAAGGAGAAGACGAAAGAGCUCCCAAGAGGAAGAAGAAAGCCGCACGCGUGCACGGACUGAGCAGGAAGGUAAGACAAGAAGAAGACUCAGACGAAACCCUAAACUUAUUACUCCGAUGCAAUCCGCCGGAGAUUCCGCCGGCGGAGCUCUUCUUCGACGGAGAAGACAUGGUGGGGGAAUGCAGCAAACCCUUUUGGAAGCAGCUGACGGUGAGUGACCUGGACGGAGGGCUGUGCAGGUUGACGUUCCAGAAGGAGUACGUGGUGAAAGCCCUGAUCCCCCUUCUAGAAGAUUCCGAGAGGCCGGGAGCGAACAAGGCGACUCAGGUCACGGUGUUCGGAAAGGACGGGGCGGCUCACCAGAUGAUGCUCAAGAUGUGGGCCGGCAACAAGAUGAUGUACGUCCUGUCGAGCGGCUGGAAAGAGUUCCACACGCACUACAAGUUCAGAGAGCACUGCGAUUUCGUGAUCGGUUGGAUGUUUAGGCACAAACAGACUCGCAAGAUUUGCUUCGCUAUCACUUCUCGUAGGUUUCAUGCGCAGAAGCCGUUGAGUUCCAGGAUUAGAAAAUCCGUCUUCAAGUAUUAGAGAUUUCUGAUUUUCGGUAAAAAAAAAAAAAAAAGUAUUAGAGAUUUCUGGUUUU